GCAAAACCCAUCCUCACCUCCGGUUUCCUUCUCCUGCGAUCGCCACUGCGGAAUCUGAAAUCCUAAUCCAUCCACUAUGGGAACGGACCCGAUCGAGGAUUUUUGGAUCGACGGAGGAGGUUCCGAUAGCGAGCUGCAGUACGCCCUCGAUGGCUUCCGUGACAUGGUUCCGACCGUCGGAGUGGGGAAAGAAGAGCCGUAUAGGGAUUUGCGCGGUCUUGAGCAGAAUAGCUCGAGAAAAAGGGCAAGAAAUGAGCCACGUGCAUCAAAGUCUAAAGCAUGUAGGGAAAAAAUACGGCGGGAUAGGCAAAACAAGAGGUUCAUUGAAUUGAGUUCAAUCCUUGACCCCGGUAGACCUCCAAGAGCUGACAAAGCAAGUAUUUUAGGUGAUGCAACUCGUGUGUUGAUGCGGUUGAGAGCUGAAGCACAAGAACUUAAGGAAUCAAAUAAAAAGCUUCAUGAAACAAUUAAGGAUAUGAAGGUGGAAAAGAAUGAGCUUAGGGAAGAAAAGAUGAGACUGAAAGCUGACAAGGACAGAUUAGAGCAACAAAUCAAGGUCUUGAGUGUGCCUCCAGUCGGCUUCUUGCCACAUCCAAUAGCAUUCCAUCCUGCUGCUGCCCCUGCUGCAUUUGUUCCACAGGUUCAGGCCUCAGCUGAUAAAACAGCUCCAUUCUCUGGGUUCCCUGGAAUGGCAAUGUGGCAAUGGUUGCCUCCUGCUGUCAUGGAUACCACACAAGACCCAAAGCUUUGGCCUCCAAAUGCAUAGCACUCCAUUUCUUGUUAAUCCCUUUUCUGAUGUGAAAAAGGCUUUGCUUCUUACAUUGAAAAUGAACUUCUAAUAUUAAUCAAUGCUUCUAAUAUGAUCAUAAUCUGCUAGGUUGUAGAAGAUAACCGAAUGGUAGCUUAUUUUUAUGGUUGCUAAGUUCUUUUGGAUGUAACCCAGUGGAGAACAAUGUUUGUAGUUCGACCGACAAGCUUCCUGAUUGCUCUAAUUUUCAUGAAAAUGUACUACUCUUUGUGGGCGAAACAACUUGGGUGUUAUGGAAAA